AUUACAAAUAUUUUCUAUAUUUUCAUCCAUCCAUUCGAUGAUGGCUUUUCCUAAAGUUGUUAUUGCCCCCAUCUUUAUUCUUCUAGUGAUCCUACAUCAUCAAGUCCAUGCUGUCCAAAUCAAACAAGAGGCUAGCAAUGUUGUCUCAGAGAGUUCAUACAGUCCUGAACCAGAUUGUGGAAGAGCUUGUGCAGCACGGUGUAGGCUAUCUAGCAGGCCAAGGCUGUGCAAGAGGGCGUGCGGGACUUGCUGUAUGAGAUGCAAGUGUGUGCCUCCGGGCACCUAUGGCAACUUAGACCUCUGCCCUUGCUAUGCUAACAUGACUACCCGUAACAACAAGCGCAAAUGCCCAUAA